AUGGGUUAUGAGGGGGGGGCGGGGGAUGCAGGCAGGCUAAUGGGGCCGGGUGUGCCCGGGGGGCCGGUCUCCACAGCCGCCGGUGCGCUGCUCAGAGGCUGUGUAGUGCUGGCUGUGCUGCUGUGUCCCGGGCUCGCCGUGUGCCCCAAGAGCUGCCACUGCGCAGAGAAGGGGGGCGUGGUGGUGGUGCAGUGCGCCUCCCAGAACCUGGAGAAGAUCCCUGCGGACCUGCCGGGGGACACGGUCGCCCUGCUGCUGGGGUCCAACCGCAUCACCCGAAUCCCGGGCCAGGCCUUCCGGGGCCUGCCGCGGCUGCAGGAGUUGGACCUCUCGCACAACGCCAUCCAGGAGGUGGACGCAGGGGCCUUCCAGGGGGUCUCUGAGGGCCUGCGGUCGCUGGACCUCUCGCACAACCGCAUGCGCAGCGUGCCCAAGGAGGCCUUCGCCCGGCUGCGGGCCCAGGUCCGGCUGUCGCACAACCCCUGGCACUGCGAGUGCGCCCUGCAGGAGGCGCUGCAGGAGCUGCGGCUGGACCCCGACACCGCGGCCGAGGUCAGCUGCCACACCGCCGCCCAGGACCAGUACGCCGGCAGGCCCGUCGUGCAGGUGCUCGACUCCGGUAUCAACUUCUGCAACUACCACCACCGCACCACCGACGUGGCCAUGUUCGUCACCAUGUUCGGCUGGUUCGCCAUGGUCAUCGCCUACGUGGUGUACUAUGUGCGCCACAACCAGGAGGACGCCCGCCGACACCUGGAGUACCUCAAGGCCCUGCCCAGCAGCUCCCAGAUCAGCAGGGACUUCGACACUGUCAGCACCGUGCUCUAGCACCCGUUCUGUGUGCGAGUGUGUGUGUGUGUGUGUGUGUGUGUGUGUGUAUGUGUGCGAGU